AUGUCAACAUUUAAAAGCAAUCGAGACACACCUAUUUGGGCAGCUAACAAAGAGGAAAAUUACUUUCGUGAACGUGACAUUCAACUAAUUAAUCAACGAGGUCCUACCUGUGUGUCUACGUGUUUAGCUAUGCUUACUGGCAAAAGACCUGAAGAUUUUCAAGGUAAUAUCAAUACACAAGAUCCCGUUACAUGGUCAGCUGCUUUGCAUCCGUAUGGAAUGAAAUUAGCUUAUUGUCCUCAUGAUGCGCGAAAAUUGAAGUUUUACAUCGACGAACUCAUCGCUCUAGAUGAUUUAUUUGGUCUCAGCUUCUAUACUACGAACGAUCCAGAACAGAUUUUGAAUGAUCCAGACAGUACUGGUUUCGUAACUCAAUCUCAUUUCAUAUUGUUACAUCGAGAUAAGAUCUAUGAUUCAGCAGGUUUUGGAUGUGGUUUGGCACGUGAUCAUUAUUGUCUCGAACAUCACACGAAGCGCAUUUUUCGAGUACUUCCUGUUGAACAUAAUCGUGGUCUUUGA